GGGCGUACCUAUUCCUAGUAAAAUGGCGUCGAUGAGCCCCCAUAGAUAUGCACGACCUUUAGCAGACAACCCAAAUUUCUGAAUUUAUUAACACGGGAUGUAUUUUCUUACCCACUUUGGAUGGGGACGCUCGUUGGAGGAACUACUAAAGAAAUGAGAGGCAGGGCCUGCAUUCACACAUGCCUGAGUUAGAUUCCCCAAGAAACGCAAGAAAUCACUGCAACAUUUGUUCUUUGUAAGAGAUUUCACAAACAGAUUUUCAGCCGGCAGGAGGAGGUUUUCUUUUUGGUUAAAUCCUCUUUUGGCUGAUAACAAGGGGCGGUGUGUGUUUUGGAGAGUGGAUCAGUUUCGUUUUCCUUUUCCGUUUCAUCAUUCUGGUGAGGUUUGGGAAAUGGUCUGCCUAUCAGCUGCCUGAAGUGGUCUCAAGAGGAGGAGAAUUAUCCUCCUUUAUUCCGAAUUUCUGUGGACGCCUAGUGCAUUGUGUAGAGAGCAAAGACUGAGAGGGUUGCAGAUCUGGUGCCUUUUUGCCAUCAUCUUGGCCAAGUCAUUCAAGGCAGCAAGGGGUGGCCAGGUUAGGGAAGGCUGUUCUGCAACAUGGAGGCCAAAGCUCUUGCCAUUAUGAAAGAGGAGAACGAUCUCCCUCAGCCAUUUCUGCUUGAUGAAGAAGGUAAUGAGCUCAAACUGGUUUGUAGAUCUUCCUACCUGAAGAAGCUCUGGGGGCUCCGUUACAAAAAUCAGUGUUAUGAUUAUGCCACCGUCUUAUGGCAUAAGAUAAAGAGCGGCAUCAAAAAUAAUGUGUUCUGCUCCUCCCACCAGUACACAAUAACUCUGCCUCCCAUCAAAAGGCUCACCUGGGCUUUCAUCCUGGUUGUUUUGGUUGUUUUGUUAUUUUGUUAUUAUCAACAAUGUAUCCAUUUGGGUACAAUGUGCCCCCCCAGCAUUGUCCAUGCUAAAGGAGAUAACACAGAAGCAGUCCCUAAAAAUCUCACUGUGCCAAUCCUGCUGGAAGCCAAGAAAUCCGAACCAUUUUGUGAAGCUGUGGAUAAUUGCUUCGACAAAGCGAUCAAGGAAUUCAUGUCGGAGCCACGGAUUCUACAGGAAAAUGCCAAGAUGAUCCUCGAGUGUAAUGGAACAAGGAAAGAGUUCGUGUCUGGAAAAGGAGAAAACCAUAUCGAGGUGUUCUGGGUGGACGGCCAAACACAUUAUCAGGUCAGAGAAACCAAUUCACAAGUCUAUGUGGCAAGGCUGGGGCGCCAGCAUUUACCACUCAGCCUUGGCAGCCUCUUGAAUGUCAACCAACAGCUGGCCUCCCGCGAAGGAUCAGAGGAGCUGAGGCGGUGCCUAAAUAAGACCAUAGAGGUAUUUCCCAAGGAACCACAAGCUGUGCAGAACGAUGCCGUGUUGGAGGUCUCAUGCGGAGGGAGCAAUGUCACCUUCCGUUCGCAAGCUGGGAAGAACGAAAUCAACGUAUACGAAGAUCAUGGGAAGAUUGUAUUUAACGUAAAAAGCAGAGGAUGGGCUUGGUGGGCCAGACAAUUUGUAAGGCACUAAGUUAAGGAACGAUAUCGGAGAAGCCAGUGUGGGUGGAAGCUUGGUGAUUCUGCUGUAGGGACAAAUGAUUUACAGCAAGUAGCCCUUGACUUACAAUCACAAUUGCUGUCGCUCAGCAAGGCAGUUGUUAAAUUGAGUUUUGACCCAUUUUACGAUCUUCCUUGUGUUAAUUGCUAAGUGAAUCACUUGCAGUUGUCAAGUUUGUAUCACGGUUAAGUGAGUCACUUCCCCAUUGACUUUGCUUGUCAAAAGGUCGCAAAAUGGGGAUCACGUGACCUUGGGACAUCACAACCUGUCAUAAAUGCAUGUCGGUUGCCAAGCGUCCAAAUUUGGAUCACAUGACCCUGGGGCUGCUGCAAUGGCUGUGUGAAAAACAGUCAUAAGUAACUUUUUUCAGUGCCUCUGCAACUUCAAAUGGUCACUAAACGAGUGGCUGUAAAUCGAGGACUACCUGUAUUGCAAGCAGAAACGUCUCCUCACUGUACCUUCCCACAUGCAUGAGUACUGGGAUCCUACCAGUGUACUGAGCCUAUCAAUCAUUUUGUUGCUGAUAGAUUAUUGCUUGUUUUACAUAAUCAGGACGUUUGAUCAGUUCAUAAUUGCAGAAUUUCUUCUCUAAGUAAACAGCCAUAGAUAAAUCAUAACUCCAUAUAUAAAAAGUAACUAAUGGUCAAAAUCAUGCAGGGCAAUCGCUUUAUCUCCAAUCCAGGAAUCCAUCAAUGCUGUAUUUUCCAUAUUGUAUUCUUCUGUUCUCUUUUUGAUUAUUGCUUAAAUAAAGUUUUAAAUUGUUA